AUGUCGAGUUCGAAGAAGAAUUCGUUUUUAGAUAUCUACGUGCAGUCCAUUCAAAAGGAUAAUGCGUUUUACAAAGAAAAGGUCUCAUCUCUGCAGAAAGAGAUGGAUGAUCUAAAAACGAAGAACAGCGAAGAAAGAAAAGCAGCGCAGCAGGAGUUAGCAGCCCUCAAAGAGGAUUUAUCGCGCAUGGUCAAGGAUGUUACUACCCUACGCUCCCAGAAUUUCUCAUUGAUCGAGAAAUUGCAGGAGUAUGAAGCAUCCUAUGUCCCGGGGACGGGUUCAAAGAAACUGAAGGAUGCGCUCGCGGAUUGCCGCAAGGAGCUUCGUGAGACCGUGACGAAGUAUAAUGAGUUGGUCGACGGGUACGACGUGGCGAAAGAACAGUACAACAGCGCUUUAUUGGAGUCGAACGCGCUCCGUGACGAGACGGCGCGUUUGUCGAAGGAGCUGGAGCGAUACCAGCAGCUCUAUCAGUCUGCCACGAAGGAGCUCGAGGAGAAUCGGCAAGACAUCGCGGUGUAUAUGAAGGAGAACAGUGAGUUGCGCCAGGCAAUGGCAGACCAGACAGCAGCCACUGCCCAAUCCCCUUCCGCUCCUAGCAGCGCAGACUCGUCAGACGGAGCCAGCAGUCUGGUAAAUGCGCUGAGACAGCAGCUGCAGAGCGUGACCGCGAUGCUGGAUAGUAUGCAGACGCGAAGCAUGUCCUCCACGAAGCCUGACCUCUCUGGAAGCAUGAAGAGCGCGCAGGAGAAGCUGAACGCGAUGUCCACCAAGGUGAACGGACUGAUUUCGACGUACACCAGCGACAGCAGCGCGCAAGUGGUGGAGAUGGUGAGCACGGUGACCGACCUGCGUUUGAGUUUGCUGGAUUUGGACUCGGUGCUCCGCUCGCUGGCGGAUGAGAAUCGAGAGCUGAAGAACAAGAGCGCGUCGACGGCGGGCUCGUCGCAGUUGCUGCAGCGAGCGACCACCGCGGAGAAGAAGCUGCAAGAGACGCAGGAACAAGUGAAGGAGCUGUCCGCGACGGUGGUUCAACUGUCGAACGAGCGAAAUCGGCUCCAAGCAGAGGCGGAAGAGAAGUCGAGCUCAGCUCGAAACACGUCGAAGGAACGCGAAUUGGAGCGGCGAGCGGACGAGGCGGAGCGGAAGGUGAUCGAGUUGUCCACGCGGACGUCGACGUAUGAGAAGCGCGUGAAUGAAAUCUCGCGCCGCGCGUCCGCUGCAGAGAAGCAAGUGCAGGAUUUGACCGCGCAGCUCCGCUCUGUGACCCAGGAACGAGACUUGUUGAAGCAGAAAGCCUCGAGCAGUAGCGAGGCGUCGCGCGUGAAUUCGGCGCAGCAGAGCGAACUGCAGAAGCAAGUGCAGGACUUGAAUGCACAGCUCCGCUCCAUGACGCAGGAACGCGAUUCGUGGAAGCUGAAAGCUUCGAAUAGCAGCGCAUCCUCGCGUGCGAACUCGGCGCAGCAGAGCGAACUGCAGAAGCAGCUGCAGGAGAAGGACAAUUACAUCAACCAGCUGCGCGACUCGGUGAUGCGACUCGAGAAAGAGAUCGAGGAGAUCCAGCAGAACCCGCCGAUUCCUCCCAUCCCCGACGACUUCUCGCUCCCGCGCGACUCGUUCGCUCCCCAGCUCGACGAUGCGGACGCCUCGUUCGGUCGCUACGGGCAGUUUGACCAGCCCUCUCAGCCCAGCCAGUUCGAUUCUUACAGCAAUUCGAAUGUUCCCUCGAUGGACGCGGGCGGCGCCGCCCAGUCCGCUGAGCCGGCGUAUGUGGAGGCAGACUCGUCGGAAGACGCAGUCGCGACGGUGCUGCAGCAGAUGAUCGAAGACCCGAGCAGCUUCAACUUGGACACCAUUGAUGACGUGAGUUUCCCCGAUUGCGACUUUAAUGAUGGCCAUAUGGAGCUGUUCACGCGGUUCAUUCGAGAGAACGAUUUUCCGAGUUUGGUUCAGAUCGAUUUGUCGCGUUUGGGUUGGGGGGCAAAUUGA